AUGGACCAUGCCUCCCACGCGUCAGAGUCGGGCUCACAGGCGGUGACAUCUGGGAGCGGUUCGGCAUCGCUCCAUAAUGAAGAAACGCGAACGCGAAAUGAACCAGAAAAUACAGAUGAAAAGCCUGCCCCCGCACCCAAUCCACGAGAAGAUGGAAUGGACAAAAGCCUCCUAGAAGACCCUCCACGAUCCGAAGACACCUCAACCCCCGUGGACCUGACCGGCGCGUUGGAAAAACAAGCUCAGCGGGGCGAGGCAAAUGAUCUACCCCGACAUCCUAAUGCGACCAAUAAUACCAACGGUACCGAGCUAAGGCCCCAAGGUAGACAACCUGCCGAUAGCCUAUUCGAUAACCCGCCGAAUCUACAGAGAAUCCGCAGGCUUCUGUUCGAGUGCAAUGACCCGAUUGAGAUCACGCAGGAGGAAUUUGAGACCUAUUGGCCAUUUAUUGAUAACGUCUGGGUCAAACAGAGAUCCAAUGCGAGCAAAGAAGGACUCUGCACUUCAGACUAUUACAUGUGUCGACUACGACGCCCUACGCACCGCCCAUCGGGGCCCCGGCCACCAUUACCAGAGGGCAAGCGUUCCCGCAAGAAACCCUCGCGAGAAGGAGGCACGUGCAACUUUCAAAUCAAAGUUGUUCGGUUUGAAGGCGCAUAUUCGGCUGUCACCAUUUCGAGAACCCCGGGAAGCGACGCUACUCACACCCACGAUCUCGAUCAUAGCGACCGCGUGAAACGUAACUCUGGAGUUAUGGAAUUUGUACGGAGAGAGUCGGUGAAAGGAUAUCUGCCCUCUUCGAUAUAUGCUAAGUUCCGGGAAGAGCCUGAGAAGCUUCAUGAAGCAGGAGGCCGCUCUCUCACGGUGACUGACGUACGCAAUGUCGCGGCCAAAUGGCGCAUACAAAACCCAGAAGUCCCGCUUGUUCCACACGAAGGAUACGAGUACCAGAAAGGACAGGGUAUUGUCAAGUCUGUGACACCCAAUGGUGUCAAUGAAAUAUCACAACCACAAUCGCAACCACAUCCCUAUGCCCAACCCCAAUCUGCGCUUCCACCGGGACCGCCUCAAUUACCACCAGAUACCCUGGCAUUUCCCCAAUUCUCUCUGGACUUCCUCGAGCCAUAUCUACCCACCCACAACUCUGAAAAGAGUGAAUUCCCCCAUGUCACCUUGUCCUAUGCGUCCUCGAUGGACUCGAAGAUCUCUCUUCGAGCCGGCAUGCAGACGGUCCUAUCCGGACCCGAGGCUAAGGUGAUGACUCACUACCUUCGAUCGCGUCACGACGCAAUACUCAUCGGUGUUGGUACUGUGCUAGCAGACAAUCCAGGUUUGAACUGUCGCCUUGAAGGCGCUGGAGGGUUCGGAGGCCUUGGAAGAAUGUGGCAACCCCGUCCCAUAGUCCUUGAUCCUAGAGGACGAUGGCCGAUUCAACCGGAGGACCGUAUGCUACGCACUGCCCUCGAAGGCAAAGGUAGGGCCCCAUGGGUGGUAGUCUCUCCAGGAGCUCCAAUCAACUCUGAACGACUCUUGAUGCUCAAGGGCUAUGGCGGCGACUUUCUGCGAAUCAUGGAGUAUAAUCGCGACUGGCGCUUAAGAUGGGAAGCUAUUCUUCGGGCCCUCGCCUCUGAAGGGAUUAAGAGCGUUAUGAUUGAAGGAGGUGGGACAGUUCUGAACGAGCUAUUGAAUCCCGAGUAUACCAACUUUAUUGAUUCAAUUAUCGUGACAGUAGCCCCUACCUAUCUUGGACAUGGAGGUGUUGGAGUUAGUCCUGAAUCUAAGCUGGAUCCUGAAGGUAAUCCUAACGCUGCUUUGAAUCCACGCGAUGUCAAAUGGACACCAUUAGGGCAAAAUGUUAUCAUGUGUGGUAAAAUCCGCCCUCAGAACAUGAGAGCCGGUGCUCCCCCUUGA